ACUCAUGCUUUAUUUGACCACGGCCUAAGAAUGUCAACAAACUCGACGUGUGAUGUAAACAAACUGGCUAACAGUGCUCGCAGUGCCUUCCGUUAUCAAUAGUCGAUAUAUUUCCUGUUGCUGUUUGGAUAAUUCUGGUCAUUAGAAGUAUAUUUGCUGCUGCUGCUAGUACACAGCCUCAAGCUGAUUCCGGAACACCAGCAAGCCGGCCUCUGCAUCGUGCAAAUAAAGCACGAUUCUAAUUGAACGCAAAGCGGUGCGUUGCUUUCUCCCAAACACUCGACGUCAUCUUCAAGCAGACCGGGCAACCAUGUUGUACCCCCUAUCGGCAGCUCACUCACAACUGUAGCGGGAACCAAUAAAACUUCGGUCUAGCGCUUUUCCCCCCUUCCAGGGGGAGAUAAAGCUGGGCGCUACACUCGGCUCGAUUUCAGUCGUAUUUUAAAGUCGGAACGAGCACAACCCCCAUUGCAAGAGGAAGCGUACAGCAUUCGUGAUGGCUAGCAAACCGGACAACCUGACGGCCGUACUGUACGGCAUUGAGGAUCUACGCCUGGAGCAGCGUCCGAUCCCGGUGCCUAAGGAUGAUGAGGUCCUGCUGGAGAUGGACGUCGUCGGUAUCUGUGGGUCCGAUGUGCACUACCUUGUUAGGGGUCGCAUCGGGGACUUUGUCGUGACGAAACCCAUGGUCAUCGGGCACGAAGCGGCCGGUGUGGUGGCAAAGGUAGGAUCCAAAGUGAAGCAUCUGCAGGUAGGCGAUCGUGUUGCGAUCGAACCCGGGUACGGUUGCCGGACGUGCGAAUACUGCAAGAGUGGUGCGUACAAUCUCUGUGCGGACAUGAUAUUCUGUGCCACCCCUCCGUACGACGGAAACCUCACCCGGUACUUUGCUCAUCCGGCCGACUUUUGCUACAAACUCCCGGACCACGUCACUAUGGAGGAGGGCGCCCUGCUGGAACCGCUCUCGGUAGGUGUGCAUGCGUGCCGUCGUGCAAACGUUGGGCUUGGUUCGCAGGUACUGAUUCUCGGCGCGGGGCCAAUCGGUCUGGUGACGCUUAUAGUGGCCAAAUCGAUGGGUGCGGGCAAGGUGCUCGUUACCGAUCUGCUCCAAAAUCGGCUGGACGUUGCAAAGGAGUUGGGUGCGGAUGAAACGUUUGUCAUCCCGAAGGAUGCGUCCGAGGAGGAGCUGGUAAAGAGAAUUCACGAGCUUAUGGGUGGUGCACCGGAUAAAACGAUCGAUUGCAGUGGUGCGGAAGCCACGGCUCGACUUACGAUCCUGGCCACCAAGGCUGGAGGUGUUGGUAUAAUGGUGGGCAUGGGUGCGCCCGAGGUGAAGCUACCACUGGUGAAUGCGCUGGCACGUGAGGUUGACAUCCGCGGCGUGUUCCGGUACUGCAACGACUACCCGGUGGCGCUAAGUUUGGUGGCCAGCGGUAGGGUGAACGUGAAGCGGCUUAUCACCCAUCAUUUCAACAUCGAAGAAACGGCCAAAGCUUUCCAUACGACGCGCUACGGCGUGGAUGGUGCAAUAAAGGUAAUGAUCCAUGUACAGCCGAAAGAUAAAAAUAAUCCGAAAUAGAUAAGUACGAAAGUAAUAAAGCGAAGAUGCAUAUAGCACCCCAUUAUACCGAAAA